AUGGAGAGACGCAAGGAUGAGAACGAGCGGGUUGAGCUGGUGGAAGAGCAAGUCGACGACACAGCCACCUUCUAUCACUCCCAUAAAAAUGACGUCAGUCCCUUGACGCCAGCAGCAGAACAAAGACUUUUGCGACGUAACUUCUGGUGGCUGCUGCCUCAGACAUGGUGGAUUGCGUUCUUGAUCCAUCUGGAUAAGUCGACGUUGUCGUCAGCCAGCACCAUGGGUUUGCUGCACGACGUGCCCAUGUCGCGCAACCAGUUCAACUCGCUCUUCCUUAUCUUCUACGCAGGAUAUCUGGUCGCUCUGUGGCCGGGGGCUUGGCUGUCACAGCGUGUUGGCCACCAUCGCUUCAUUGUUGGCUCGUUGCUACUCUGGGCUGUGUUGUUGGGCGUGCAUCCUAUCGUGCGAACAGCGUCGCAGAUGAUGGCGGUGCGCUUUCUCCUAGGCUUGACCGAGUCGCAAAUAGUCCCCUCGACGGCCAUCCUGCACAUGGCCUUCUUCCCACCACUGUACAGCGUGCGCGUGCAGCUGCUCUGGUGGGCAGCCGGCAGUCUGGCCAACGUGCUGUUGACCAUGGUGGCCUACCAGUUGAUCCAGGAUGAUAACCAAGGCACGCUGGCUGGCUCCCUGGCCUCAUGGCAGUGGCUGCAUAUCAUCUGCGCCGUGCUGACUGCCAUGCUGUGCGUGCCCUUGCUGUUCCUCCUGCCAGGGUCGCCCGUUACCGCACGCUGGCUGUCCAUCGAGGAUAAAGUGCAUACCAUCGCCUUGAUCCGUCGAUCUCGUGCUGGCAUCACCAAUUCUGCGUUCCAGUGGUCGCAGGUGCGCGAGUGCUUCUGCGAUCUCAAGAGCUGGCUUUUCAUUUUCCACCUGUUCUUUAAUGAACUUCCCAACAAUACCUCACAGCAGGUGCCGUUGCUCAUUGUCGGAUUUGGCUUUACUGCGGCUGAGAGUGCGCUGUUUAACAUCGUCAAGCCGCUUUGGGGCUUCGUUAUGGUUAUGGUGUGCGCUGCCCUACUGCACGGCACAAGGCUGGGCAGUGGAUACACCUGUGCCCUGUCCUACAUUCCCUGCAUUAUCGGGGGGUUUAUCGAGCUGUCCGCCCCCUGGACCAACAAGGUGGCCCUCGUCGUGGGCACGCAGAUCGCCACUUUCAAGCCCUCGUACAUGCUGGGACUCGCCUGGGCCGGAGCCACAACCACUGGACACACGAAGAAGCUCUGUCUGAUGACCUCGUGCGUCGUGGCGGGUGCCGUGGCCAAUAUGAUAUCCCCGGAGUUCUGGCAAUCGAAAUACCAGCCGCGCUACGUGCUGCCCUGGUCGUUCAUGACGGCGUUUUGGCUGCUGUCGCCCGCCAUGUGUCUGACAAUUCGCUUCUACCUGCGACGCGAGAAUCGUCGGCGGAUGGACGGGGGGGUGGAGCAGCCGGUAUUUAUUCAUGGCCAGGAGGUUGUGAAAGAGGAUCUGGACCAGACAGAUCGUCAGAAUCCGCUAUUCCUCUACGCUCUGUAG